AUGAAGAGUAGAUAUAUCAGUAUUCGUAGGCUAAAAGCAUUAAAAGCAUUGAAUAUGAAUAGAGAAUUACCUUUCAACUAUACUCAGGAAGAAAUAGAAGAAAAUCUUAAUAUGUUAAAAUCUAAACUCAAGCAUCCUACAACAGAAGCAGACAUAAACCUUUAUAGUUCACUUAAACAAAAUUUAGUGGGUAUAGUAUCUUCAGAUUUCACAUGA